CCCCUUUUCGUACAGUCCGCCAAUCAGAAUAGCCAGGUUGGGGAGACGUCAUCAGAGAGUAUUGGGAAGUAGCCCGUGGUUCUCCAUCCCGGUGGCAGUCUCCCAGGAGGAAGGACAACAAAGUUUUUAAAUAACAGAAAAAAUGGCGACAAAUGUGGACCUGGACCAGACCCCAGAUGCCACUGCAGAGAAAUGCAGCAGUUUUGAACUGCUGGACUGGCUCAAUAAGACCCUGGACAUCAAAUUCACCCGGGUGGAGAACAUAUGCUCAGGUUCCUGCUACUGCCAGCUGAUGGACUGGAUCUUCCCUGGGUGCAUCGACCUCAGCACAGUGAAGUUCCAGGCCCAGGACACGUCAGACUUCCUCCACAACUACAAUAUGCUCCAAGCUGGCUUCAACAAGACUGGUGUCACCAAGACUGUUCCAGUGGAGGAGCUGAUAAACGGAAAGUUCCAUCCCAACUUCAUAUUCCUGAAGUGGUUCAAGAGGUUUUUCCAGGCUAACCUGGCAGGGCAGGUGUAUAACCCUGUAGAGGCUCGCCAAGGCCAGGACAUCCAGCCUGCCAGAUUCCGCUUACAUUCUCCUCAGAGACUUCACCUCAAGGGCCACAAUUCUGCCAGCCACAGUCCCAGUCAAUCAGGGGUGUUGGAAACCGACACGGAGGAAGAAGCUUUAGGGAAGUAUCAAAGGAAAAGUAUUAUUUAUGAGGAUAUAUGGAGGGAGACUUACUCCUGGGUGGGGGCCAGCACUCUGGGAGAGAUCUAUGCCUACUGCAGUCUGUGUGAUCUUAACCUCAACAUCUAUCACUCAGGUCUGUUUGACCUGAAGUGUCACUCACAGUCCAAGAAGCACUGCAAGCUUUCCCUGGCUGCCAGUGAUGGCACCCUAACGCCAGAGCCAGGGAAAAGCAGUCAGGGCAGCUGCAGUGACCUUCCACCCUGUAGUGAGUUGGUCAUUCGCUUCAUUCAAGCCAACUGUGUCUCUGGUCCCUCCGCGGCUGAGGACCAAGUGUCUAACAGAUACGGCCAGUAUGUCCUGGGACUACAGUACCCAAAGGACAUAGUGUCUGCCUGCCAAAAGACUCCUUACUGCAUAUACAUGUACGGAGGAGUGGUGCUAGGGCAGACUGACAUGGCUUCUGUAGUUCUAGUGGGGUAUUUUGAUGUAAAGGAAGCCAGGCACCGCAUCAGGCUGUUGGAUGUUCUGCAGCCUCCAGAUGAUGACAAUGCUGGAGAGAAAACAGCUGCAGCUCUGGUGGAGACCUUGGAGAGGUUUGGGCUUCCUGCAGCUAACCUCGCUGCUCUCUACUCAGAUGGUAAUGGUUCUGCCUCAGAGCCAAUAUGCUCACAACUCAGGGAACUCAACACCAACAUGUUGGUGCUAAGUGGGCUGUAUGGGGUGGCUGAUGCAGCCUGCCAUGCUGGGGUGUCGGAGCUCUCCACUCAGGCCCAGGAGCUUAUUGUAGAUAUCUACUCCCACUUCUCCUCCUGCUCCACCAAGGAUGACAACCUGAAGGAACUGUUUUCCAGCAUUAGUGGUACUGAUGGCCUCACCCUUCCCCUCACCACCUGCUGCCUUAACUUCUGCAUGUUAGUCAGGAAGGUUUUGGGAAUGUGGACUGAUCUCAUCUCCCACUUCAGCUCCUGUAAUGAAGAGGAUAACAUAGAUAAUAAGGCUAAGCUGAUCUGCACACAGCUGCAGGACCCCAAACUCAGGGCUAUCUUCAUGUUUCUGGACCAGGCCCUAGAGCCCCUCCGUGUCUUCCAGGAGCGACUGCAUCACCAUGAGGGCUCAGCCCGGGCUGACUUGGUGCAGAUCCUACAGGAUGCCAGCGGCCUCCUGCGCUCCUAUGCCUCCAGUUUCCUCCGUCCUCAAGCCGUCGUGCUCUUCCUCAAGGAACGUGACGCCUUUCUCCUCAAGACCACAAAGUUCCACCUGCCAGGGGCAGAGCUGAACGUGGGUGGGGCUGUAGUGGAGGACUUCCUGUGUGAGUCAUCAGAGACAGGAAGUGAAGCACUGCAGUUAUUACAGGAACAGGCUCUCUCCUUCUACACAGCGCUCACAGCCCGCGUGGCGGAGGGGCUGCCUCUUAGUGACGGUGUGUUGAGGAGCAUGGCCCAGCUACUGAGCCCUCAGGGCAGGCUGAAAGUGACAGGGAAGGCUGUGGGAGAGCUGGGGGCCAAACUGGGGCUCUGCAGCUCACCCGAGGAAAUCAGCCGGCUGAACAAGGAGUUCCUGGAAUACCAGCUGGCAGAGGAGGGAGAGGGGGACGAUGGAGAAAACAGAUGUGAUGGAGGGGUCCAGAAUGACUCGGCAGCACCUUCGCUGGAGCAACAUUGGAGCACUGUGCUGAAGGCUUCUGGGUCGACCACCAUCUUCAGGAAACUUGUUUUGACCCUCUUAGCCAUGCCCUGCCCCCCACUUGAAGCUCAGAAAGUCUUCACACAGGCUGUGGAGAAUGGGGAUGCUGACCAGUUCGCUGACAGUGUGACAGAGAGUGAGCUGGGCUCCAUUCAGAAAGUAGACCGUACCAAUGAUAGCACUCUCUCAGACAACAACAGUGUCAACGGGCUUGGCAGGAAGAAGGAAAGUCGAGGUCGUUCCAGAAAGAUUCCAUCAGGGGUGAAUUACCUUAAUGGGACAGUGAAGCCAUGCACAGUGCGGCUGCAGAAGAUAAUCAAUGGACCAAAGAAUGAGGAACAUACUGUGUUCGUUGAGGAUGAUGUCAUUUGGACAAAUACUAUGGAGGGCAACAUUAGGGGCAUUUAUGGCUGGGAGAGCAGCUUACGCCACAAGCCACAGGCGAGAGCUGUAUUUCAGGCUGGUGCCGGUGCUGGUGCCUGGGCCAAGCCACAGGUUCUUGACAACGACAGCAAAAAGGACCAGGAGUCUGAGGCUGUGACGCCCCUGAAGAAUGAGAAUCAAACAUCAACAUCCAAUGUGUCUACUCCGAGCCGCAGGGCAGCAAAGAAGGGCGUUGAUUACCAGGAUGGGAAGGGUUUCCCCACUGGAGAGCUGGUGUGGGGAAAGGUGAAGGGCUUCUCCUGGUGGCCUGGAGUGGUGGUGCUCUGGAAGUCCAACAAAACACCGCCUGUAUCCAUGCGCCGGGUAGAGUGGUUUGGAGACGGCAUGUUUUCCGAGAUCUGUACAGAGAGGCUUCUGCGUUUUGCAGCUUUUGCAAAGGGCUUCUGCAAGAAUUCCUAUGCCAGCUUGCCCACCUACAAAGAUGCCAUCUACCAGGUCCUUGAGUUGGCUGGUGAACGCUGUGAGAAGUCCUUUCUUGCAGCGGGGAAUAAACAAGAGGAGCUUAAGUUGAUGCUGGACUGGGCCCACAGUGGAUUCCAGCCCACUGGACCAGAUGGGUUCAACCCCACAGCCCCUGCAGACUCGAAGGCAGAAUCUUCAGACUCAGCUCUGUCAGACUACCAACCCCCAGCUAAGAAGAAGUAUGUGAAUAAGAACAGACCAUCCUCUGGGAAUCAGGGCUACAGCAGAGGGGCAAUGCUACAAAAGGUUAUGAAAGGCAAGAAAAUUGAAGAAUUCUGUUUAUCAUGUGGAACCCCCCACAUCCACACCUUCCACCCACUGUUUGAAGGGAGUCUCUGCCAGAAGUGUAAGGACAACUUUAUUGAGACUUUGUACAGAUACGACAAAGAUGGCUACCAGUCCUACUGCACUGUUUGUUGUGCUGGCCAAGAGGUCAUUCUGUGUGGCAAUGCCAGCUGUUGCAGGUGUUUCUGUAAGGACUGCCUGAACUUUUUGGUUGGCGAUGGAACCUUUAAGCAACUGAAGGACGUGGACCCAUGGAUCUGCUUCAUGUGCUUACCAUCCCAGUGCAACGGAUCACUCAAGCUACGGCCUGACUGGAGCGUGCGUGUUCAACAGUUCUUCAUCAACAACAGUGCCCUCGAGUUUGAACCCCACAGGAUGUAUCCCUCCAUCCCUACACAUCAACGCAGACCCAUCCGGGUGUUGUCUCUCUUUGAUGGGAUUGCCACAGGGUACCUGGUGCUCAAAGACCUGGGCUUCAUCAUAAAACGCUACAUUGCCUCUGAGAUCUGUGGGAACUCGAUUGCUGUGGGUAUGAUCAAACACCAGGGCCAGAUAGAGCAUAUCAACGACGUACGCACCAUCACCAGGAAACAUCUGGCUGAAUGGGGUCCUUUUGACCUCCUGAUUGGAGGAAGCCCCUGCAAUGAUCUGGCCUGCGUCAACCCUGCUCGGAAAGGCUUAUUUGAGGGCACAGGCAGGCUGUUCUUUGAAUAUUACAGGAUGCUGACCAUGAUGAGGCCAAGGGAAGAUGAUGAUCGGCCAUUCUUCUGGCUCUUUGAAAAUGUGGUGGCCAUGAGCGGUCAUGACAAGGCUGACAUCUGUCGCUUCCUUGAGUGCAAUCCCAUCCUGAUCGAUGCAGUAAAAGUGAGCCCAGCUCACAGAGCUCGCUACUUCUGGGGAAACCUCCCGGGCAUGAACAGACCUCUAGCUACCUCUCUGGAUGACAAGGUGAACCGGCAGGAUUGUCUGGAGCUUGGACGCACGGCCAAGUAUAACAAAGUUCCUACCAUCACCACCAAGUCCAACUCCAUCAGACAGGGGAAGAUGGGACCCCUACCCGUCGACUUUAAUGGCACGGAGGACUCCCUUUGGUGCACAGAGAUGGAGAAGAUCUUUGGCUUUCCCAAGCAUUACACUGAUGCCAACAAUAUGGGUCAGAGCCAGCGGCAAAAAGUAAUGGGCCGAUCAUGGAGUGUACCAGUUAUCAGGCACCUCUUCGCUCCACUCAAGGACUACUUUGCCUGUGAGUAGGAACCUCACAUUCCUGUAUGCUGCACUGUCAACAACAACAGCAACAUGAAAUGGCUGAUUGUUGGAGAGGGGAGGAUAAAAACAGUAUACUUAUCCUUCCCUGCUUUUCAGUGAAUGAAACUAUCCUGUGUGUAUCAGACUCACCUCAAUCAUAUUAGUCUUUUUGUACUACUGUCUGUAUUGUCUGUUUUAUUCCUUUUCAGUUAAUGAGCAGCUGUUUCAAUGCAUUGUGGUCAUAUGAUCACAGUAUUCCCAGAAUGCACUGACACUUUUUGGUUAUUUCAGUUUGUCUGGAGUAGUUAAAGUUUGUCAAUCAUGUAUUUGAUGUUUUGUUUACAUUUGGUCAAUGAUGGUGAGAUCAGACCUCAAACCCUGCCCACUAUCUACCUCAAUACUGAUCUGUGUCUUAAAUCUGCAGUUUUCUGUAUUUAAUAGAAUUUUAUAAAUGGUCAUAAAAUCAUAUUCACUUGUAAAUAUGACUGAACCUUCUAAUGUUUUGUUACUUGUUUGGAAAAAAAGAUCCUCUGAGAAUUGAAAAUCUGAAAUUCAAGGCAGAAAAUGUGCCUUGAGUGUUUGUUUGUAUUUUAACUUGCCCAAUAUUCACCAUUGUUACUCUCUCUGUGGUGCUAGAGUAUAUUUAGGUUUUUAAUGAUAGUUGGUCACAGGACACACAUUUUGACUUACAUUGUCUCACUUGCCAUUUAUAGACUUUAAUUUGGGUGAUAUAGUCAAGCAUGUGGAAGCUAUAUAAACCUGCAUGCUUAUUUUCUUAAAAGAAAAAGUUGCUGCAAGCCAGUCCUAACAGCUGUGAUUUAAUUAGUAAGAUGUGUACAUUCUCCCUCUCUCUUGGAGCAGUGGGCAGAGGAACGGUUUUAAUUGCAAGUGCCUACUAAACAAUUGUUUUAAACCCAGGAACAACACAUGGAGAACUAUUUUUCUCCUGUAAUUAUUAUGAAUUCUUUAAUAUUUCAAAGGGAGCUGGACAAAGCUCUGCGGAAAGGAGUACAUCAUAAACGUUGUCUCGUAAUCCUUUCAGUAAAUCAGACAGGCAGCUGGUAAGUUUGAAAGCAACUAUUUUAAAAUUCCCUUGUAUGUUCUUAGGGUGUUGAUGAAGGUCACAUGGAGGGCCUACUCAUAAAAUACCCACUUCGGUUUCAUGCCUGUGUUUGACGUGUGCUGUUAUGACCAGUAAACUGUGUGUUUAGUUGAAGUGAUGGUUUUAACUUCAGUGUUCUGUUCACCUCUCUCAGCAAGUUUGUUGAAAUAUACCACAACCAUCUUUCAUAGAACAAGUUACUCUACAUUCUGAAAUCAUAAGUACUGUUUAUCAUUUGGGGUUAUUGAGAUUCUUAACUUAAUUAUUAGUUUUGAACCCUUGUUCCCCUCCAGCAUCCAUACCUUCCUCUCAUGCUGUGUGUCAGUUCCAUACCUUCCUUUCGUGAAGUGUGUCAGUGUGGUGACUGACGUCAAACUUCUCUUAACUCAGAGACCGAACACAUACUCGAUACCAAAUGGGUUUUUUCUUACCAUCUGUUUUUAAUAAGCACCAUCAGUUGAACACCUUCUGGACUGUGAUUUACGUACAUAAGGCCUUACUGGCCUUAUUAAUUUUUUAUUUUUUUAAUGACACAAAGGGAAUUAACAAUAUUGUUCUGUGUACUGUAUGUUUUGAUAACAUUUGAGGUAUUGGUAUAAAAGUAUUAUGUUAUUAGGGUUUUCACUAGACUCCUGUUGGUGCUAUAUUAUUCAAUUGUUUUCUUAUUUUCUUGCAUGGUAUGUUUAAUAUUGGUCAGGUUGUAUAAAACAUGUGUAGUUGUCCACAGACUAGUUUAAUGUAUAGUUGUCACAUAUAGUUGUCUCAUAACCGCAUGUAAAGCUUUUGUCCCACAUCUACAGUCAUGUUAGAUUAGAAAUAAACUUCCCAAAUGGUA